UUCAUCUUUUAUUCUUCACAAUUCUUCAAAUUCUUGCUUCAAUCAUGGACGGAGGAAAGAAGACAAAAGCUUCGAAGAAGAAGGCCGCCGCCGAGGCUACGAGCUCUGCGCCUCAACCCUUUCCAUACCUGGACGGAUCCUUCUUGGAGUUCGGGUCGGAGGAGGAACUCAACCGGUUCCUCACGCACUUUGCCAAGCGCCCCAUUUCUCCGCCUAGGGUCCUGCCCGAGUUGUACCCUCAACAAAAGGGGUACCACGACCUCGACAACCAGCUUCAAGCAUCGGGUCUGUGGUCGUUCGUCUCCAGGAGCCGCUCGAGCAUCAAUCCCGCCUUUGUGCGAGCCUUCUACUCCAAUCUCCGCCAGGACGGGGACACCAUUCGCAGUAGCAUCAAUCUCUACGACAUAGAGAUUGAUCUGGCUACCUUCGCUCGGGUCGCAGGGCUGCCCACCCGCGGUGUCGACAUAACAACAUAUGGCGGCGAUGAUUGGAUCCUCAACAACGAGACUGUGGUCAUCCGAGAGCUUGGGAUCACCAACCUCAUCCGUCACAGCGGCGCACCAACAAUCCACUCAGCCCCGCCGGAGAAGCGUCUUCUUCUCUACAUCCUCACCCGGAUUCUUCGCCCCCGGGACGGUAGCCACACAUGUCUCUUCAACGAGGAUCUCAAGGCGGUUCAUGCUAUCACCCACGGCGCAUCGAUCAAUUGGGCAAAAUACGUCAUGAUUCACAUGGCGGAUUGCGCCUCCAUCGCCACUGAGCGGACCUUGCCAUACGCCUUCCUCGUCAUGGACCUCAUCAUCUCCGCCGACAUCUCCAUCGCCGGCCCGGAUACGAAGAUGACAAAGAUUUGGAUCAUCCAAGACAGCACCUUCCGGAAGAAGUCCGGUGACGGAACCGGCGCUGGACCGAGUCGUGCCCGUGCCCCUGCCCCUGCCCCCGCUCCCGCCAAGGCAUCCUUACAGUCCAUAGCCGAUACUCUGAAUCGGCUAACCCUCACAGUGGAUGGCAUGGGGCAGUCAAUCGAGCGGAUGGACUGGACGCUGCAACGCCAACACCACGACAUGACGGCGUUCUUUCGCGACGUCAACUACGUUCCGCCGCCCUUUGACAGCACCUUCCUCGGCCAAAACUAUGAAGGCGAGGACGAGGAGGAUAACUCCUAUGCACCAUCCUCCUCCCCCGACGAGGCCGAUUUUGAGGACGCGGUCGACGGGGAUCCCAUGGACGUUGAGGACGACGAAGAAGACGAUGACGCCGAGGACGAGGACGCCGCUGCCUAAACUCUUCUUUAUUUUCCUUCCUUCCUAUGAUUGUUGUUUAUUAUUAUUUCCAUUCCGUUGUAUUCCGCAUUUUCUCCUUUUUUCAUGAAUAAAAGUUUACUUUUAUACUCCAAAGUUUACUUUUAAUUCUUUUUGUUAAUGUCAAAAGGGGGAAGAUAUCAAGGUUAUGCAUAAAUUGAGGGGGAAUUA